AUGGCUGACUCGUCUGCCCUCCCCCACGUCGGCCGCCGGCCCGCCACGGUCCUCUCCGCCACCGAGCUGAUCGGCAACACGCCGCUGGUACGCCUCAACAAGGUGCCGCAGUCGCUCGGCGUCGAGUGCGACGUCUACGUCAAGGCCGAGCUGUUCAACGCCGGCGGUAGUGUCAAGGACCGCAUCGCGCUGCGCAUGGUCGAGGAGGCCGAGAAGAGCGGCCGCAUCAAGCCCGGCGACACGCUGAUCGAGCCGACCUCUGGCAACACCGGCAUUGGCCUGGCCCUCGUCGCCGCUAUCAAGGGUUACAAGACCAUCAUCACCAUGCCCGAGAAGAUGUCCGCCGAAAAGGUGUCCGUCCUGCGCGCCCUCGGUGCCACCAUCAUACGCACGCCCACCCAGGCCGCCUGGGACGCGCCCGAGUCGCACAUCGGCGUCGCGCGCCGCCUCGAGAAGGAGAUGCCCAACGCGCACAUCCUCGACCAGUACGGCAACAUCGACAACCCGCUUGCGCACGAGCUCGGCACCGCCGAGGAGAUCUGGGAGCAGACCGGCGGCCGCGUCGACGCCAUCGUCGCCGGCGCGGGCACCGGCGGCACUAUCACCGGCCUCGCGCGUGGCCUCAAGAAGCGCAGCGCCGACGUGAAAGUCAUCGCGGCGGACCCGCACGGCAGCAUCCUGGCGCUGCCCGAGGCGCUCAACGAGGAGCACGCCAACCAGCCGUACAAGGUGGAGGGCAUCGGGUACGACUUCGUGCCGGAGGUGCUGGACCGCCCGCUGGUGGACAAGUGGUACAAGACGGACGACGAGGAGUCGUUCCGCCUCGCGAGGAGGCUGAUCUCCGAGGAGGGCCUGCUGGUCGGCGGCAGCUCCGGGUCCGCGAUGGCAGCGAUGCUGCGCGCCGUCAAGGACUACGGCUUCAAGAAGGGCGACGUCGUCGUCGUGGUCCUGCCGGACAGCAUCCGCAGCUACCUGUCCAAGUUUGCCGACGACGACUGGCUGGCCGCCAACAACCUGCUCCCCGUCAAUGGCGUCGAGGCGUCGUCGGCCAUCGCCCGCGGUGGCUCCGCCUCUGCGGACCCGUACGCGGGCGCCACCAUCGCUUCGCUGCGCCUCAAGCCCGUCACCUCGGUCGCCGCGACGGCCGACUGCUCCGAGGCCGUCGAGACGAUGCGCGACAAGGGCUUCGACCAGCUGCCUGUGCUGGCCCCCUCCGGCCGGCUGGUCGGCCUCGUCACCCUCGGCAACCUGCUGAGCUACAUCUCCAGCGGCCGCGCCACCGGCCAGACCCAGGUCAAGGACGUCAUGUUCGACUUUGGCCGCAUGGACGAGAUCGUCACCGACCCCCGCCAGACCGCCGGCGCCAGCAAGGAGGGCGUGAAGCGCAAGUUCGUGGAGAUCACCUUGGACACGGAGCUCGCGUACCUCAGCAAGUUCUUCGAGUGGAACAGCGCGGCCGUCGUGACGGAGAAGAGCGCGGACAGCAAGACGCUGGCCAAGCCGGUGGCGGUCGUGACCAAGGUCGACCUGCUCACCUAUCUGGUCAACAAGAAGAUUUAA